AUGCCUCGUACUAUAAAACCUCGUGGUAUCAAAUAUAGUAAAUCACGAGCAUUUACUCGCAAUACUGAAAUUCCAAUACUUCAACCUAUAUUUCUUGAACAAACUUAUGAUUCAAAUCCUACCGAAUUUAAUUUGCAACAAAGUGAUGAUGAUGAUGUUAAUGAUGAUUUUAUUGAUGAAAGUAUACCUGUUGAUAGUGAUGAUAGUAUUUAUAGAGAAAAGCAAACUCGUUUGAAUAAAUCCUGGCAGUCAAUUCGUGUUCAACUUAAAGAAGUGUUAAUUGAGUUGGAAAGUCAUUCACAAAUAUCAUAUGAAAGUUUUUGUAUUGCUUUAAGACAUAUUCAUGAUAAUAAACUUAGUAGUCAUAAAAAUAUUUUUAAACCUUUUAUGUCUACUUUUAGACAAUAUAUAUUAGUUAAAAAAGAAAAAAUUAAGUUUUUAACAGAACAAGUAGUUAAGAAACCUAAAAAAAAUUCAUGUAAUUCAGAAGAUUAUUAUUCUAAAUAUUUUAUGGAUGAUAAAUUUUUUGAUUUUGAAAAAUUAUAUUUACAAUAUUUACAAAAAGAAAGUUCUGAGGAAAAUGAUCCAUGUAUGAAAGCUUUUAAGGCAGUAAAUGAAAAAAAUUCUAAAAUACUUUCAAAUGCAUUGGAUAUUAGUGGAGUUGUUGGUACAACAUGUAAACAUGGAAUUCCAGUGAAAUUUUUAAAUAUAAAAACAGGAGAAAGAUUAGUAUAUUCUUUAUUUUUAUUAAAUAAUAUUUUAGAUAAAUUUGGAUCACAAAUUAAUGUAAAGAACAAACUAAAUGAAACAUCUUUACAAUUAAAAGUUAAAGAUGUAUGGUAUGCAGUUUCUGUAUUUCAUGCUUAUACUCAUGAAGCUUCUUGUCAUAAAGACUUUGGUCAUAUUUGGAAAGAUACAAAAACUACUACUUCAAGUCACCAUAAAUUUAUACUUUCAUUAGUAUUAGAUCAUUUUGCAGAAACCAGAAUUCAAAAAAUUGGUACUAUUAAAUCAUCUUGGAAAAUAAUUAAAGAUGAUUUAAUUAAUCCAAAAUAUCAACCAUUACCUACUGUUUCUUCUGAUAUUAUUUUUGAAAAAAUAAUAUUAAAAGAAAAAAUUGAGAAUGAAAUUAAAAAAUAUAAUAAUCAUAAAAUAAGAAAAACAUUAAUUUGGGCAGUAUUAAAAUAUGCUUAA